AUGACAGCCAUGAGCAACCUCAGCUCAGACGUCACAGAGCUCAUCUUCUCCUACCUCCCAAUCCCAACCCUCAUCCGCGCCUCCACCGUAUGCAAGCUCUGGCACUCCAUCAUCUCCUCCUCCACCUUCUCCCAGCUCUCCACCCAAUCCCAGAAAUACCCCUGGUUCUUCCUCUACGGCAUCCACAACACCUCCUCCAACUUCAACCAGUCCUUCGCCUUCGACCCAGUCUCCAAUCUCUGGUUCCGCCUCCCCUCCCCCACCUUCCCUUCCCAGUCCUCCUCCUUCCUCGGCGUCGAUGGCUUCUUCCUCAUCACCGCCCCAUUCUUCACCUUCUCCCCAAUCCUCAAGCGCCAUUUGCACCCCACCUCCCCUCUCCGCUUCUCCCGCAUCAACCCCCUUGUCGGCGUCUUUGACUCUGGCUCGUCGUCUCCGCCAAGCUUCAUCGUCGUCGGUGGCGUCCGCUUCAUCGGCAAUUUGGUCGACAUCGAGGACCGUUUGGCUGUGGAGAUUUACAAUCCCAAUUCCGAUUCUUGGCUCCUCUGCCCUCCUCUCCCCGCCGAUUUCCGCUCCGGCAACUCGUCCCAGUCUCUCUCAUCGGCCCUCUUCAAGCGCCGGUUCUACGUCUUCGGCAUCUACUCCUGCUUCAUUUCCUCAUUUGAUCUCCACACCCAUCUCUGGAGCGAGGUCCAGACUCUCCGCCCACCGGGGGUCGUCUUCUCCUUCUUGAUUUCCUGCAUGGACCGGCUCGUUCUAGCUGGAAUCUGCAACGGCCCUCUUGGGUCCUCCUUCAAUUUGUGGAAGAUCGAGGAGGCCACCAUGGAGUUCAGCGAGAUUGCGAUCAUGCCUCAUGACUUGUUGUAUGGGUUGUUCGAUGGGGAUGAAGAAGACAAGUUUGCAAGCUUGAAAUGCGUGGGGUUGGGCAAUCUGAUAUACGUGUUCAAUGAGGAGUAUCACAAGAAGUACCCAGCUUGUAUCUGUGAGAUUAGCAGUGAGGAUGGGAAGUGCAGAUGGAGGAAAGUGCCCCAAUUGCCUUCCCCUGUUAAUAAGUUCCAUAAAGUUGUUAGCUUUUCGUCCACAGUUUCGCUUCAUAGUAUUCUUCAGAGUGAAGGAGGAGGAGAUGUUGUUGCUCCUUUGCAGCCCAUGUUUGACUGA